AUGCUACGUACAAACGCAUUGGACGGCACGAAUGUGUCUCCUCGCGUGGCGAAGGACUCCGCCAGCUCGAUGCACGCGUUCCGUGCGGAGUGCGAGCGCGCGCUCAGAGACCAGCAGCGACAGCUGGCACGGGUGGCGCUGCUGUGUGAGAGGCUCGAGGCCGGACAGCGGGGGCGGCCCACCGCAGACACCAGCGACGUCUCCUCCUCCAGCCGCAGCACCAGGGACCCCAGGCGGAAGGACAAGCACAGAGCAGAAGAAUGCAAGACCUAUAAGAUUAUAAUGACAAAACUGGACGAGUUGAACCGCCUGUUCGCGGCGCGCGCGCGCAGCUCCCCCGCGCCGCGCCCCCGCGCCCGCUCCGACAACCUGGUCGCCACCGACGCCAGGGUCACCACCCCGCAGGGACCAACGGAAAAGCCUGCCGGUGACACAGCCGCGCCGCGGCUAGUGGAGCGCGCGGUGGGCGAACCGUGGAGUCCCCGCACGAGCGCAGGCCACCAGCGAAGCGCCCGCACGAGCGUGGGCCAUCAGCGGAGCACCCUAGCGAGCAGGGGCGAUCCGUGGAGCCCUCGCAGCGUACCGCGGCCCGAGCUGUGCGCCGUGACGCAGGCGUACGCCCUCGACAUUGCCCCGCACCACCGACCCAACGUGGUACAACAUUACACCAGCGCGGUAGAUUACGGUCCAAGCGCGGAGGGCUCCGAUGGCAGUGGUCGCGAGUCACACUGCGCGUUUGACCUCGACGACCCUGUUCAUUUGUACGCGCAAGCGAAGAGGCUGCGAGCUGCACACGCGGGGACGCGGCGCGCCCGCAGCGUACAGUGUAGGCCGCGGGGGGUCGGCGCGGACGGCGCUCAGGACGCGGGGGGUGCGGGGGGCGCGGGGGGUGCGGGGGGCGGUGCGGGGGGCGGCGGGCGGUCGCUGUGCGCGCUGUGCCGCGGCUACUGGCGCUCCCUGCGGCACUACGUCGCCGUGCAGAUACUGUGCUGCCCGCACGCACACCCCGCCGGGGGGCACACCUAG